UUCAUCUUCUAUCAUUUGUCGAAUAAAGUUCAAUUUCUAUUUGGUGAUUGACUGACUGAAGCAGUUAUUUAUAAAUUUUAUUGUAUUUUAACAAUAUUUUCGAGUUAGUGAAUUUAAUAAAGCAAGAAAAUCUAUUGUGUCUACCGUUAUAUAUAGAAACAAAAAGAUGCGGAGCAGCUUUUUACUCUGCGCUGCACUCGCGCUUUUGGCUGGUGCCUUCCUUGUGAGUGCAACACCCAUGCUAGGAGCUAAACAAUGCACUUGGGGACCCAGCUAUUGGUGCAGCAAUUUAACUAAUGCCAAAGGUUGUCACGCUGUGCGUCACUGCAUACAAACGGUGUGGGAAAAACAAAAUGUGGCCGUCGAUGAUGAUUCCAUCUGUAAAAUAUGCAAAGAUAUGGUGACACAGGCACGUGAUCAGUUGCGCAGCAAUGAAACCAUGGAGGAGUUGAAGGAGGUGUUCGAGGGCUCCUGCAAUCUCAUACCGAUCAAAAUUGUCAAGAAAGAAUGCGACAAGUUGGCUGAUGAUUUUGUGCCUGAAUUGGUUGAGGCGCUUUCCUCCGAAAUGAAUCCAGAUCAAGUUUGUUCAGUCGCUGGCCUCUGCAACAAUGCACAUAUCGAUGAGUUACUGAAAUUCUACUACCAAUCCGCUUUGGAUGGCACAUUGAAGGAAGAGGAUGAAUCGGAGGAAUCCAAAGAAUCUAAAGAAACCAAAGAAGUUGCACCAACCACACCCAACCAACACCUGUUGACUUGCGGUAAUUGCAAUCACUUGAGCUCACUGAUCGCCGACAAAUUCAGUAAGGCCAAUCGCGAUGAAGUGCUCGAAAAUAUUUUGCAUCUCUGCGGUGAGAUGUCAUCUUUCUCUGAUGCGUGCUCCAAUAUUGUGCUGACCUAUUUCAACGACAUCUACCAACACAUGAAGGAGAAUCUCAACGGUUUCGGCAUUUGCCACAUGUCGGGCUCGUGCGCUGCCAAUUAUCACAAACACGCUGAGGAUCCCGCAGAGCCUGAAGACGCAGUGGCACUUGCCAGCAGCUUGGGUGAUGAUAUUCCAUGCAAAUUGUGCGAGCAAUUGGUACAACAUUUACGCGACGUAUUGAUUGCCAACACCACCGAAACGGAAUUCAAACAGGUCUUACACGGUCUCUGCAAUCAAACUAAAGGUUUCCGUGAGGAGUGCAACAGUUUGGUCGAGCAGUACUACGAUGUGAUCUAUAAUGCAUUGGUCAACAAUUUGGAUGCUAAUGGCGCUUGUUUCUUGAUUGGUGUAUGCCCGAAGGGCAACGGUGAGGCGUUCAAGGGUGAAAUAAGACCAUUGUUGCCCUCAUUCCCACCAGCCGAAAUUAAGGUUACCCUACGCAAAUUGGGUGCUAACGAACCGAAAUUCACACAAGAGCAAAUACACGACAUGACUUUGCCAAUUGACACCUUGAUGGGUGCUGCUAAUCCGAGUUUACUCGUGGAGAAUGGCGAACUCUGUACUUUCUGUGAAUAUGUGCUGCACUACAUUCAAGUGGAGCUGUCAACACCAACCACGGAGGACAAAGUUAAGAAUCUCGUGAAUAACGUUUGCGACCGCUUGGGUCAUACACUACGCGGCGAAUGCCACAACUUCAUCGAUAUGUAUGGCGAUGCUGUUAUUGCGUUGCUCAUCCAAGGUCUGAAUCCACGUGAAAUUUGCCCUAAAUUGUCUUUGUGCCCCGCCAAUCAUGAUAACUUCGAUGACGUAGACAUAUUUGCACCAGAAACAACUAAGCAAUCACCACCAACAAAUGUGGAGAGCGACAAACCCACAUGCCCACUCUGUUUGUUUGCUGUGCAACAAGCUCAAGCCAAGAUCAAAAACGAUAAAUCAAAGGCAAACAUCAAGAAUGUGCUAGAUCAUUUGUGUGUACAUUUGCCCUCAAAACUGCAAACUGAAUGCGUUGAUUUUGUCGAAACUUACUCGAACGAACUGGUCGAUAUGUUGAUCACCGAUUUUACACCGCAAGAAAUCUGUGUUGCUGUCAAACUGUGCACGAAUACCGGUGACGAAUUGGAUGAUUUGGGUAUUAUUUUGGAAGACAAGAGCCGUGAAGAUGGAGUCAACGAAAUCGAUAGCAACGAUUCUGUGGAAAUCGCAUUUGGACGCACCGCAUCACCAAACUGUUUGUUGUGCGAGGAGUUCAUUAAGAUUGCCGAGAAGAGAAUCGGAAAGCACACCACUAAGGACGAAAUCAAAAAGGCACUGGAUCAGUCAUGCGAUAAACUACGCAAGAAUAUUCGCGAUAAAUGCCACAAAUACGUCGCUAGAUACGGAGAUAAAAUUGCUGAUUUAUUGGUCAAAGAAAUGGCGCCAAAAGUUAUUUGCCGCGAAAUCGGUUUGUGUCUCUGGAGCGAGCAAGAAGAUUUGGACAUCGAUGAGGCGCUGAAAUACGAUGUUGUUGUAUUGCCAGAUCAAAAAAUCGCCAAACAAAGUGAUCGUCUCACCGGCUUGGAUGACAUUGUGAAAGAUCCACCAUCGUGCGUGCUCUGCGAAUUCGUUAUGACCAAGUUGGAAGCCGAACUGAAGAAUGCCACCACACAGGAUGAAAUCAAACAUACCGUCGAGAACAUUUGCAAAAUAAUGCCGCGUACUGUGACGAAGAGCUGCAACAAAUUCAUCGAUCAAUACAUUAGCACCAUUUUGGCUAUGAUCGGCAGCGUGCCACCGAAAAUGAUGUGCCAACAAAUGCAGUUAUGCAUGUCCGGCUUGGAUGUGGUCAGCGAUGAAGUCAUUGAGUGCGGUGUUUGUCAUGGCGCCACCUCGGCUUUGUUGCCAUAUUUCAAACAGCAUUUGGAUCAUGAAGCUGUUACUGAGUACUAUAUGCUGUUGGAGGGUUGCCAAGCGCUCUCGGCCAAAUACUACGAUAUUUGCAACCGCAUGAUCAGAACCUAUGGUCAGAGUAUUCUGAAUCUCGCACGCAAUGGCGAGUCCGAUGAGACGAACAUUUGCGCCAAGAUCGGCAAGUGUUUCAGCGGUGAGAAGUCCAGCUUGGCUUUUGCCAAAGUAUCCGCUUAAAAAGUGAUUUACGCUAGUUGAGAAGCAAACAAAAUGGCGGAGAUGAUUAUUCAAUUGUGAUGCGGUUAACUUCUUUUAAAUAAUCCAUUAUUCACCUUACUUUAAAUUUUAUGAAAUCUGUGAAUUAUUCUAAUUUUUUUAUUUCAUAUAUAUAAUCGAAAACUACAAUACUUAUGUAGAAAGCAGUGGAGUUUACUUUUACAAAAACAAAAAAAUUAAUUUUUCACAUUUGAAAUAUUCACUUAAUGAAUAUAAAAGUAUAUUUUAAUAUUGCUCAUGCGCUAAGGUAAUGUGAAUGAAUGCGUAAAAUUUGGCUAAGAAAUUCGUAGUAUGCUAAUAUUGUAGCGCCAUCGUAUUCUUUUUUUUUUUAAUAACAAUACGUUUUUAUUGUAGUAAGCAGCAGAAUAUAAAUACAUAUACUUAUACAUAUACAAAUAUAUAUAUUAAGCGGCACUUAAUUGAGCAUUGAAACGAAAAUGAAAACGAUGAAAAUAUCAAUAAUGAAAUGAAAAGUACUGAAGUCACGCGUAAAGUCUGUAUCUCACAUUCGGUUUGAACGAUUUUCUAUGCUAGAUUCCAAAUGUGGAAUGUGUGUAAUGUUAUUAGUAAUUGAAAUAAAAUUGUAUUUUAAAAUUUAA